CUGCUGCUGCCUCUGCCCUGGCAGGGGUUUGAGGUGUCCCUGCCCUGGGGAAGGUGACACUCUGGGGGUGAUGCCCAGUGCGGGCGGGCUCGGUGCUGUCAGCUCCAUCCGGCUGCGGAGGGGUUAUCGGGGGCGAUGGAGGGGCCCUGUGCCCUGCUGCCCUCCCCUCCUCGCCACAUUUCCGCUGCUAGGGACUGCCUGCACCCCGAAAUAGCCACCCCAAGAUGCACAUCCCGAAAUGGCCACCCCGAGCCUGGCACCCCGCGGCGGGCUGGGCGCGCCCCGGCGGGCUCAGGCUGCUGUGGCCGUGUCCCCCACCCUGUCACCGUGUCUCCCGGUGGCACUGCCACCUCCUGUCCCCGCCUGCUCCGGCCACAUCCGUCUCCCCCGCACCUCUCCGGCUCCGUGCAGGAGCGGAUAUGAGUCCGGGGGGGCCCUUCCUGUGUUCCCCAUUCCUGCCGGCCCGGCCCCAGCUGCGUCCCCCGAGAUAAGCCAGGGACGCCCCGGGACGGCGGCUGUGGCCACAUUUUGGGGUGACGAUGGGGCUGCUGCGGGUGCUGCUGCUCCUCGGGGGGCUGCGCCUGCCCCCCACGCUGGGGCUUCUCCAGGAGCCCCCCACCAUCUACGAGGGACCCCCCGGCAGCUAUUUCGGUUUCGCCCUGGAUUUCCACAUGAGCGAGGGAAGGCCCAGCGUGGCGGUGGGGGCCCCCCGUGCCAACACCUCCCAGCCCGGCGUGGCUCAGCCCGGCGCCGUCUUCCUCUGCUCCUGGCCCCCCGGCAAGACCCCCUGCCACCCCCUGCCCAUCGACACUGCGGGGGACGAGAGCGAGAGCCAGGGCACCUUGGAGUUCCACACCUACAAGUCGCACCAGUGGCUGGGAGCGUCCGUCACCAGCUGGGACGGCAAACUGGUGGUCUGUGCCCCGCUGCAGCACUGGAACGCUCUGGAGGGGCAGCACGAGGCGUUCCGCACCCCGACGGGCACCUGCUGGCUGCGGAGCCCGGGGCAGCGCGGCGCGGUGUGGUACUCGCCCUGCCGCGACCAGACCAUGGCCAGCACCUACCGCCAGACCAACUACGUGCACGACAAGCGCUACUGCGAGAUCGGCUUCAGCGCCGCUGUCACCCUGGAUGGGACGCUGGUACUGGGUGCCCCCGGCGGGUACUACUUCACAGGGCUCGUGUACUCGGUGGAGCUGGACAAGAUCCUCAGGCGCUUCCUCGGCACGUCCCUGCUGUGGCUGGGGAGCCCCGGGCGCCCCACGGAGCCGCUGUCUGGGGAUGAAGAGGAUGGGUACCGGGGAUACUCGGUGGCCGUGGGCGAGUUUGAUGGCAACCCCAAAACCAAAGAGUACGUGGUGGGGGUCCCCAACAAGAGCAACACGAGGGGUGAGGUGGAGAUCUUCACUGCGGGGGACACCCUGCGCCGGCUGCGGGGCAUCGCCAGCGAGCAGGUGGCUUCGUACUUCGGGCACACGGUGGCAGUGGCCGAUGUCGAUGGGGACGGGCGGGAUGACCUGCUGGUGGGUGCGCCCCUGUACAUGGCCCGGCGCUCCGACGGGCAGCGCAGCGAGCUGGGGCGCCUCUACCUCUACCUGGGGCGGGGGCAGCAGCCCCUGGCCGGGCCCCCCCAGACCCUGACGGGCACCCACCCCUACGGCCGCUUCGCCGCCGCCAUCGCCAGCCUCGGGGACCUGGACAAGGACGGCUUCGGCGACGUGGCCGUGGGCGCCCCGCAGGGCGGUGACAGUGGCAGCGGGCAGGUCUUCAUCUUCCGCGGGCAGAGCGAGGGGCUGGCGCCGGUGCCCACCCAGCGCCUCGACAGCCCCUUCCCCGGCCCCGCCGCCUUCGGCUUCGCGCUGCGUGGUGCCGCCGACCUGGACGGCAACGGCUACGCGGAUCUGCUCGUGGGGGCUUACGGGGCGGCCAAGGUGGCCGUGUACCAGGGACUGCCCGUGGUGGUGGCCCGGACCCAGCUGAGUGUCCCCGACGGGCUGAACCCUGAGAUCCUGGACUGUGUCCUGCCCGACUCCAGCGUCCGUGUCAGCUGCUUCCACGUGGUGUUUUGUGUCAGCGUGACGGGCCAGCACAUCCCUCGGAGCAUCCAGCUGGAGGCUGAGCUGCAGCUGGACCGGCUGAAGCCCCGGCCGUCGCGGAGGGUCCUGCUGCUGCAGGGACACCAAUCGUCCUGGCACGGGGAGCUGCUGGUGGCACCGGGGACAGCCCCUGUGUGCAGCAACCUCACCGCCUACCUGCGGGACGAGGCUGAGUUCAAGGACAAGCUGAGCCCGGUGGCCCUGAGCGUGGCCCUGACGCUGCCCAGAGAGGCCCCGGGGUUGGUGCUCUACGGGGACACCCUGGUGCAGGCACAGACGCACCUCGUCCUGGAGGACUGUGGCGAUGACAACCUCUGCGUGCCCGACCUGCGCCUGGCUGCUGACACCCCCAGCCAGCGCCUGCUGAUCGGCGCGGAGGCCGUGCUGUCCCUGCGUGCCAACGCCACCAACGCGGGCGAGGGCGCCUUCGAGGCCGAGCUGAGGGUGCAGCUGCCCCCGGGCACGCACUACCAGGCUGCCCGCAGCACCAUCCCGGGGCAGAAGAAGCUGAGCUGCAACCCCAAGAAGGAGAAUGGGACCCACGUGGUGCUCUGCGAGUUGGGCAAUCCCAUGAAAGCAGGAGCCCGGAUCACCGUGGACAUGGAGCUGAGCGUGUCCGGGCUGGAGGACAUGGGCGAUGCCAUCACCUUCCACCUCCAGCUGCGGAGCAAGAACAGCCCUAGCCACGCGUUGGUGACGGUGACAGUGCCCGUGGAGGCGGAGGCAGAGAUGGGGCUGCGAGGCAACUCCCUGCCUGCCACCAUGGUGCUGCCCACGAGCUGGCACAGGGUGGAGGGCAGCCGGCGGCUCGAGGACCACGGCGUCAGGGUGGAGCACGUCUAUGAGCUUCACAACAAAGGUCCGGGCACCGUCAGCGGGGUCACCCUGAGCCUCGCCGUCCCCCACCUGCUGGGCGACCACGUCCUGCUCUACCUGCUGGAGCUGGGCACCGAGGGGGGCAUGAACUGCUCCCAGCACCCCGCCCUCAACCCCGCCCAGCUGGAGAUCUCCGCUCCGACGGCCGCAGCGCCCGGGAACGGCACCCACCAGCGGGAGCGCCGGGAGGCGGAGCCGCCCCCGGGAGCGGGGAACGAGGGGCUGGGGGACCUCGUCCGUGUGGACUGUGACAAUGCCACCUGCGUGGACAUCACGUGCCACGUGCCCAGCCUGGGCAAGGACCAGCGGGCACUGGUCAGCGUGCACGCCCUGCUCUGGAUGGACACCCUGCAGCAGCGGGAGCACCUCCUGACGCAGUUCCGCAUCCAGUCACAAGCGUGGUUCAACACCUCGGCCAUGCCCUACCGCGUCCAGCCCCGCGUCCUGCCUGCCGGCAAGGCUGAGGUAGGGCUGCUGCCUGUGGGGACACGGGGACAGGCCGUGGUGGCAGCGGUGUCACCACCUGUCCCUCUGCAGACUGAAACCUUCGUGGUGCGAGCCAGCCCUGGGGGCGAGGGGGCUGUGCCCGUGUGGUGGGUGGUGCUGGGGGUCCUGGCCGGGCUCCUGCUCCUCACCCUCCUCAUCCUCCUCAUGUGGAAGAUGGGUUUCUUCAAGAGGACGCGGCCGCCUGCCGAGGGGGACGCGCAGGAGCCGGGCAGUGCCCCGGAGCCGGGCCAGGCCCCGGAGCCGGGCAGUGCUCAGGAGCCGGGCCAGGCCCAGGAUUAGCGGGGUCCCCCUGUGCCACCCCCCACCCAGCUCGUCUUCCCCAGCCCCCGCGUGCCCGCGGGACCCCAGCCCCGCUCUGCUCCCCCCGACA